AUGAAGGCUAGCUUAGCCACUUGUCCCAAGCAUCUUUUGGCAUCAUUACCUGUGUUUUCAACCUCUACGAUUACUUAUGUUCAAUGGGACCCCAGUUCAGAAGGCUUAACUCCAUUGCAGUUGCAUCACGAGUCUCUUGCAAUCCUGCCUCCUGUUAAAGUUAAUCGCAUGUUGAUUAAUGACCUGGAUGAAAAAUUUCAACUCUACGAUAAUCAGCUUAGUGCUGUAAGGCGAAAGGCAGAUAGUCUUAUUGACCAGAUUGAGGAAACGUUUGACUCCUCCUACGACGAGUAUGUUGCUUUCACCGCUCUUGGCCUG